AUGGCCGAGGACGGCAAGCCGGGCCCUACCGCCUCCGAGGCCAUCUUUUUCUUCAACAUUAUCCAGCAUAUGAAGAACAAGGGAGAUAUUGACUGGGACGCUGUCGCCGAGACUACCGGUUUCAAGAAUGCCAGCGUUGCCAAGGUCCGCUUCGGACAGAUCAAGAGAAAGUACGGCUUCGACGGCGAGAGCCCGACCAAGAAGGCCGGCAAGGCCGCGCAGCAGCCCGGCGACCUGCCCGCGACGCCCACCAAAGUCACCAAGCCCCGCAAGGCGCCUGCCAGUGGUGGCCGCGGCCGCAAGACCAAGAAGGACCCCGAGGAGGAAGACUACAAUGAGGUGCUCCGCGCGAUCAAGGAGAAGAGCGUGACGCCCGUUGUCAAGGAGGAGGGGGGCGACUGGUCCAACAUCAAGAGCGAAACGCCGACGGAAGAAUUUUCCCUUUUUUGA